AUGGACGAUGAACAUCAUUUAAUGGAAGAAAAAGACAAUGAAGAGAAUAAUGAACUCAAAGAACCAGUGACUUUUAAAUCAUUGGGUUUGAACGAUGUUCUUUGUGAAGCUUGUGAGAAACUCGGAUGGAAAGCGCCAACAAAGAUUCAAGCCGAAGCACUACCAGUUGCAUUUCAAAAUAAAGAUAUCAUUGGUCUUGCUGAAACUGGUUCAGGCAAAACCGGUGCAUUCGGUUUGCCCAUCCUUCAAGCCCUACUAGCAUCACCACAACGUUUAUUCGCUCUUGUUCUAACACCAACACGUGAAUUAGCAUAUCAGAUAAGCGAACAAUUCGAAGCACUAGGUUCGAGCAUCGGUGUUAAAUGUGCGGUUAUUGUUGGUGGCAUGGAUAUGAUGUCGCAAUCGAUUGCCCUGGCGAAAAAGCCACAUAUUGUCAUUGCAACACCGGGUCGUCUUGUUGAUCAUUUGGAAAAUACGAAAGGCUUUUCACUUCGUUCGAUACGUUAUCUAGUCAUGGACGAAGCUGAUCGAAUAUUGAACAUGGAUUUCGAAGUCGAUCUGGAUAAAAUUCUCAAGAUUCUUCCGCCGUCGUCCACCCGGUCGACCUAUCUGUAUUCGGCAACAAUGACGAAGAAAGUUGCGAAACUACAACGCGCAUCUCUUCGUGAUCCUGUGAAAGUUGAAGUGUCGGAAAAGUAUUCGACUGUCGAGAAAUUACAGCAGAGUUAUCUCUUCAUCCCUGCGAAAUACAAAGAUGUUUAUUUAGUAUCAAUUUUGAAUGAUAUGAGUGGAAAAUCGAUCAUUGUUUUUGCUUCCACUUGUACAACAACAUUGAGAUUAGCCUUGUUAACCAGAAAUCUAGGUUUCACAACUGUUCCACUGCACGGACAGAUGAGUCAGACGAAACGUCUCGGCGCAUUGAAUAAAUUCAAAGGCAAAGCACGAUCGAUCCUCAUCGCUACUGAUGUUGCUAGCCGAGGUCUCGACAUUCCCCAUGUCGAUAUUGUGAUCAACUACGAUAUUCCAGCACAUUCAAAAGACUACAUUCAUCGUGUUGGACGAACUGCGCGUGCUGGUCGUAGUGGCAAAUCAAUAACAUUUGUAACUCAAUACGACAUUGAAUUGUAUCAACGUAUUGAAUUUCUGAUUGGUAAACAACUGCCGCAAUAUGCGACACAGGAAGACGAAGUGAUGCUUUUGCUGGAACGUGUCAACGAAGCUGAUCGACAAGCUCGAAUUCAAAUCAAGGAAAUCGAAGAUGAGAGGAAAGAUCAUCGGAAGAAACGAAACAAGGGUGAGAAACGAAACGACGAUUCCGAAGAACCCAGAGCACCAAACAAAAAGCGAAAACACGAAUCACACGAUUCGGAGAAUGGUUUUGGUGUGAAAAAGCAUUUGAAAAAAAAGAAGAAAACGAAAUAA